AUGGCUCACAGUUUCCGAGGAAGGGAAAAUUCUGUAAUUGAGGAUAUUACAGGAGAGCCAGAGGUCGAGAUGUCCGUACCAGUGAAUGUGGUGGACGAACCGGAGAAGGAGCGGCUUACGGGAGAAGCCGCAGAACCUCAGGUAUGGCACGAGAUUAUUAAGAAAGUGAGAGCGAUAAGCACGCAUGUGACAGUAGAAGUAGCUAAGCACAUGCGCACAAGUGAUCCCAAGCGCGAAGCGAUCGAAACGGAGAAGCUGCGAUCGUACGAUGCGCAACUGGCCGAGUUGCAAGCUCUACGAAAGCGCUGUGAGAACCAGGAAAAAGAGUUGGAAAAGCUCCGCCAGCACCAGCGCAGCCCUGUGGAUAUGGAAAUCGAUGGUGAAAAGCCAGGGAAGUCAGGUAAUAAGCGUACCGUUCCUAGCUUCGGCGAAGCUAUGCAAUAUUUGAACAGAUUGCAAAGUGGACUGACACAGCCUAAAGGUUCUUCUUUGCAGACUGGUGGACAAAGGCAUGCCAGCGAGCUGGAACUGAGGUCAGUGGACGCGAACUCGAGCUGCUCACAACCUGGCGCCCCGAAGAGGGAAACAGGUAGGCUAUCUUUUUGUACAGAUAGCGAUGUGAGCGAAUGUCAAAGUAGUAGGGGUAGGAGAGAAGUGGCAAGAGAAGGUGCGAGUGCCCAAAAAGGGGACGAUCCAGUAGCCCGCUACAUGAGACAUAUGACCCUACCCGAGGUCCAGCCAUACUCAGGGCAAGACUCGAACUACGGAUUCGUGAGAUUCUUGGAGGACUUUCAGCUGAAGUACCCCAGAACAAAUUGGACAGAUGCUGAGUUGUGUACACUUUUCCGCUCCAAAUUGGUAGGAAAAGCGAGGACACUGUAUGAAGCAUUACCCAGCUAUGAAAAGGAUGGUGGAUAUGAUGCGCUGAUAGAAGCUAUGAUGCGCGAAUGUAAGGCCGAACAGCGCACGAUUAAAGUAGUGGCUUUAGGAAGGCUAAAGAGGUUGAAGAAAAGGGAUGGUCAAACUGUUUCGGAUUUCUGUGUAGAGUUAGAACAGUUGACUCGUCAGGCCUAUCCCGAACUUGAUGAAUACACGUUAGCUGUGGAGAGAGCACAUUUGCUGUACGAUCAGCUAUCGCAUUGGCGCGAUUCGUAUUAUCUUCUUGAGGCGUUGGAAAGCGAAGAAGACACAUACGAGAAGCUCAAAGAGGUGGCCAAAAGGAUCGAACGACGUGACAUGACCCUAGAACAGGUCAAAAACCCACGUACUGGGGAAGGGAAAGCCUUCAGUAAACCACCUCGUAUUAAAGAACCUGAUCUCAAGGAUAGAAAGAAUGUGCAGGACCGGACUACUAGAGAACCUGACUUCAAAGAAAGAAGGAAUGCACAGGACCGUACUCCUGUGUGUUACAAGUGUCGCGAAGCAGGACAUUGGCUCGCGAAUGUAAGAAAACGAAAAUACCUUCCUAAACCAGGGUCUUCUCUGUCAACCAGAGUACGUGGAGGUUGUUGUAUAACUGCGGAAGAACGUGAUACAGGAUCCUCCGCAAAGGCCACAAACGGAGAAAAGCCCGUUGUUUGGGUAAAGGAUGACAUGGUUAUCCUAGGCACUAACGUACUCCCAAUGUUCGGCUACCAGUUGACUCGGGAAGGAAGACCACUCGAUAACCCCACUAAAACGGAGACUGGUGCUUGGCUCCAAGAAGUGGUGCCGACGAUACCCAACCCUACGGUGGCGAAGGUAGCUCGGCGCGAGUACAUCGCGCCAGGAGCUAUGAGUUGGGUGCAAUUAACAGGCUGUGACAAAGAUGCAGAUUGGCUGCUAGACUCAGGUAUACAGCUGAUUCACAGUGGAGUGUGUCAUGUGAAGAAAGAUGGCCUAGUCGAAGUGCCUGUCAUAAACAGAUCGUCUGCACCCGUGGUACUCAAAGAAGGUGAAUCAGUGGGACAGUGGAAGGAAUAUCAGACCGAGUGGAUAGAAGCCAGUGCGAAAGAUAUUCCCACUGACAUGCUUACACUAGAAACAAGGAGGCUGUCGGCUCAACAGAGGUUGAUGAAGCUAAAACAGUUCCUCAAGGAAAACCGCAAAGAGCGAAAGCUACCUGCGAGAGCAGCGAAGGAGUUCGAUGUCGUGGACGAGAUGAACUGCCUCCAUGGUUGCUUCCGAUGUCAAGGACAGCCUCUGCCGAUUCUGGAAGGAGUUCCUCAGCUGGAUGUAUCGAAAUGUCAUUGUAGUGCAUCCAUAGUUGCCGGAGAUUUGAUCAGUACUCUAGUUCAGCCGGCGGCAGCGCAUCGUGUGGACUGCGUGCUUGAGGGAGCGCGUGUUAUCGCGAUUUGGCAAGGGUGCGGGACUCUGAGUGAAAAGAUCGCAUGGAUCUGCGACCCGUUGCACCGUCGGAUAACUCCACGCAGUGUUGCUCUGAGCUACGCAUUCUUCCGUUCCAGAUGUCUGCACAUUUCGGUGAUGGCGGGCAUGGUCUCAGCGGACGACAUCAUGCGCCAUUGGCCAAUUUCAGGAUGGCACUGUGAUGUUCCCACCAUUUUCGAGCUUGGAUGGAGGAUCUCGACAAGAACCACGUGGCAGGUGGCUAGAGAAGCUGUUGGUGCAGAACAUCGCAAGAUGGUCAUCGUGGUACCCGAUUGCCUCCAUCGUCUGAAACAGGUCGGAAGUCAGCUGCGGGACACCAAGAUCUUUUAUUAUAAACAGUUCCGCGACAUUCAUCUGAGGAAGACUGAGCUAUUCGAUGAUCAACUCGGUCACGUCAUCAUCGUCUUGCCUCCCACCGAACCUAAGCCAGGAACCGGACCUCGACCGCAGGACUUGAACUCGUGGUACAGAGUCGCGAUCCAAGCCAGAUCGCAUCUGAACGGAUUCCUGGAAGACCACAUGGAGCUGAUACCGCAGGUGGUGGACAAGUUGGUUGCCGAAAACGGUCUCAUUGACCCGACAGCACCGUCCUAUGCGGUCGCAGUACUGGAUAACGAAACCUCAUGGCUGCCCGAGAGGCACGUGCGGCUCUUUUAUCAUUACCUAUCGCGGCACUUGGCGCAGAACGUCUCCCUCGAACCCUUACCUUCGCAAGUCAAGCGCACCAGUCAAAGCACUUCGACAUGUGAGAGCUACGUCGAUAAGGCACGGGGAGGCUUGUCACCCCGCCGUGAAGCAGGAGAGUUUGGAAAAAGGACCCUGCGGAAGCAGGAACAAAGGAAAAGACGCAGCCAGGCACGCGCAUUAGCCAAGAAUAUGGGGGAGCUGAAUCUUGACCGAGUGUAG